AUGACAUUCGAGAAUGCAAGAUAUUGGUGUCAUUACAAGAAUCCAGUUACACAAUCCAAUCUGGCUAUAGUUCAGAAUCAGUUCACUGCAAAUUUCCUAGCGUCCUACGCUCGUUCUGUUUUUGGAAUCAAUGAUGGAACAUUCUGGAUUGGGCUGAGUAGAGCUCACAAUUGGAAUCAAUGGAGUUGGGAUAAUGGAACUUUAUUGGAUGGAUGGAAUAAUUUUGACAGUCAACAUAGCAAAAAUUAUGCCGGAGAAAAGAUAUCCAAUGGGCAAUGGACGACAUUCGAUGACACAGAACAACAAUAUUUCGUAUGCAGUUAUGAUCCGAACAGUCCUCCAACAUUCACUCCAAGUACACCGCCUCGUCCCACAACAACAACAACUACAACUACUGGGAAACCAACAACUACAGGUGGAAUUCAAAUUGGGUAA